UCAAGUCAAGCAGGGAUAAUUAGAGGAGUGGGUCACUGUUGGAAACAUACGCGUUGGGGGAGAGCGCAGGAAAGACAAAAAAGGGGGGGGGGACGUAUCAAAGCCGCACAACAAUAUCAGAGGAGGGCGAUAAAGAGUCUAAAUCGACCACCAUCAGCGCUGACGUCCAGCGUUGGCAGAUAUGCGAGUGGUUUCCACCGGCUCUCAGCAUCCAAUUACAAUGGACGGGCUCAGGCUGUGCGGACUCUAAACCGCUGCCCAGUCGGAGGGAGGCAAACAAUGCGCUGGCUGCUUUAUCUGCAGUGAUUUGAAGUGGAAUUCAUCUUUUCUUCUUGUUGGUUUCUUUUUUUUUCUUUUUUCUUCUUUUUUUUGUCAAAGUAGGUAGACUGCUCCCAAGAUCAAGUCCACGCAGGCAGGGGAAACGGUUUUGGGGUCUGAAGGUCCACUGUUAAAGAACCGCCAUGGUCCUCUUGCGGCUCUCCAGGCUCGUCCUAGUCUUCGCGGCCCUCAUCCCUCGACCGUCUGCGGGAUGCCCCUCCGACUGCCGCUGCUACAGCCUCACAGUGGAGUGCGGAUCUCUUGGGGUCAAAGAAAUCCCGCAGGGCGUCCCUUCUGUUACCGAGACCAUCUUCCUCCAGGACAACGCUGUAGUGCAGAUCCGUCAUCUGGACUUGACUCGCCUUGGCAGCCUCCAUUACCUCUACCUUCAGAAUAACAGCAUCUCAGCCCUGGAGCCCGGGGCGUUUCUCAGCCAGGGGCAGCUGCUGGAGCUGGCCCUCAAUGGCAACCUCAUCCACCUGGUCACCGCGGACAUGUUUCGGGGUCUGGAGCACCUCCGGAUCCUGUACCUCGCCGGGAACCAGAUCACUCGAGUGCAGGACCACACCUUCAGGGGACUGCAGCGUCUGCAGGAACUCCACCUGCAGGAGAACAGCAUAGAGCUGCUGGCAGAGCAAGCUCUGUCGGGCUUGUCAUCUCUGGCCCUGCUGGACCUCAGCAAGAAUCACCUCCGCACCCUGGGAGCCUCGUCCCUCAAACCGCUCGUGAGCCUGCAGGUGCUCCGUGUCACAGAGAACCCAUGGCGCUGUGAUUGUGCCCUGGGCUGGCUGAGAACUUGGAUCAGCGAGGACGGACAACGUCUGUUGAGCUCUGCCGAACAGCGUCGGCUGAUGUGUUCCGAACCGCCUCGCCUCUCCCACCUCAGCCUGGUGGAGGUGGCUCCCAACAGCCUGGUCUGCAUCCCCCCCGUGGUGCAACUCGAGCCCAGCCACCUGACUGUGCGACUAGGGGAGAGCCUCCGAGUCUCCUGCCAGGCGUCAGGAUACCCUCAGCCUCAGGUGACCUGGAAGAAAGCCUCCCAUGGCAAGGCCCAGUUGUCGUCUCGAGGCCUGGUUCAAGAGCUGGGACCAAAUGGUGAGCUCUUCAGGCCCGGAGCCGGAGGAGUGGUGACGGCCCUGCCAAGCAGUGGAGGGAUCAAGGUUGGGGGCGUUGGAGGAAUCCAGGGGCUUGUGCGUGGGACCGAGGAGGGCGGCGAGAGGGACAGCUUUGAUCCGGACAUGGGCAGUGGCAUGCUGUUCCUCAGCAACGUGACUGUAGCGCAUGCUGGCCGCUACGAGUGCGAAGCCUGGAACCCUGGCGGCGUGGCCAGAGUUACCUUUCACCUGGCCGUCAACAUGUCUUCUUCUUCAUACUCAUCCCAGUUCUGGCCUCGUUUGAACAUGCACUCCUUUGCUCCCUCUUCGUCCAACUCCUUCUAUCAGCCAGAGGUUCUGGAUGUAAGCCAGGAGCUGCUCUACGAACAGGACAGCAUGGACUUCUACGCUCUCGGCCCCGCGACGCAGACCGCCAUUGCUGUUGGCAUCUCCCUGCUGGCGCUCACUGCUGUCCUCCUCUUGAUUAUGAUCUACACUCGUCACCAGCAGUACCGGAAGGAAGAAGGUGGCUCCUACUGCACCAGCAAGGAAGAGAGCAUCCUCUAUGUAAACGACUACUCUGACGGACCCACCACCUUUGCGCAGCUGGAGGAGUACCGUGACGACCACGGCCACGAGAUGUACGUACUCAACAGAACCAAGCCCAUCCUGGGCUCCACUUCCUCCAGGUGUCCCAUGAUGAGCGGGUUUGUCCAGCAGAAGGGUAUGAAGGAGGCCCUCCUGGACCACGAAAUGGUGCAGACACUGACCAGAUCAGGGGGACUGGGGCUUCGCAGAAACCCGGCAGACGGAGUUGAGGGACCCCUAACAGCAGAUCCAGAGGAGCUCUUCCUCAGUCAGAGUCUCCUCUUCGGAUCGCAGGUUGCCUACGAGAUCCACUGUUAAAGGGUUUUAAUUGAAAAAAUGUGCUGGUGGACUUAAUUAAAGACAGUAAAGGAAAUCACCUUGGUGCAAUAAUUUGAAGCAUCAGAUUAUUAUGUUGUCUUCAAUAGAGGGGAGAGCGUCAGUUAGUGGUUGCUUAGGGAAACCUGGAUUACAAUCAGCCUCUCAGAGAUCCUCAUCUGAUUGAUUGUAUGACAUUAAGAUGGGUCAGAGUGAUAAACAGGGAUAAUUAGGGAAUUAACAGCUGAACCAUACCUGUCUGUCUCCACAUCUACCCUUUAAAGAUAAUUAUGAGGGGCUAACUUUAUCAGAAAUGGUUUGUAUGACAGUUCGUCUAAAUCCUCACGACAGACGCUGAAACUGUGCAGCACGUAGUGGCAACUAACAGUAUGGAUGACAACAGUGAGUCAUAUUUUGUACUUUUCUUGUUUUGUGUGUGUUAGUCAGUGAUUUGUGUAAAUAUAAUAAAGCUAAUUUUCACUGUGAAGUACAGAUGUUUUGUGGACCCCGUUGCAGAUUGCAGAUCCCAUUCGAAUUAGACCGAAACCAAUCCUCUUACUGGAACUACAUAGUCAAUACCCAUAUGUGUGAGUGGGCAGGGGUGGGUGGAUUUGUUUAAAGAGGUUCAUUUUGAAUGCAGCUAAUUUUUUUUUUUUUACAUUUCUACCACAGCAUUGAUUUCUACCUAUUUGUUGCAACACUAGAACAAAGGAAUCAACAUUUCUAUUGUUUGAAAUGGAAUCUUUGGUGGAAUUAAUUCCAUUAACAUCAGUCUGUAACUGCUAUUCCAGUGUGAAUACUGUACAUUUUGUCUUCAGUUUCUACAUAUUAAAAUGUAUUUUAAAAGAA